AGUAGUUAGGCAUGACAUUUUUGUUGUAAGUAGUUCAGAGUUCUUUUUCUUAACUACAGUCAAAGAAUCAGUUACAAAAUCAACCAAGAAUGAAUCCAUGCUAUUGGGAAUCCAUUUUGGAGGUAAUGAUAUUCUUGUAUACUAUUCCUAGAUUGUUUUUAAAUCUUUGGCUUAAUUUUGUGAGCAAUCAAGCAUUUUUAGUUUUAAAACUGGAUUACUGUACAUACCUUGAAAACUUGUUCAUCACUGAAGCAAGCAAUGCGUAUUUGUGGAUUUAUUUAUUAUCUAUUAUUCAGAAAAGACGCUUGAAGGUUUGAGUGUGUGAGGGUUUGUUUGCAUGCUAAAAAACCCGCAAGUGUUUAUUAGACAGUAUUUGGGAGUUAUUCAGGGGAUUGUGCUUAGUAGCUUUAAGUAGAGUUGCAUAUGUUAGUAUUGACAUAGUUGGAGUAUUAUAUUUCAUGAUUUUGCUAUCAGAGUAGAUUUUUCUUGUUUUUAAAAACACUGAUAGCUACUGAAUAUGAAUAUGUUAAAGGUUUAUAAGUUGUUGAAAGAAAAGAAAAAGGGGUAAAUCUUUGAUUUUUUUGCUUGAAUACUAGUCCUGCAGUUGUCAAAAAUUUUUCAGAGGGGGUAAUCGAGGCAACAUAUCUAAUUUGUACGUGUAAUGUGCUGAUAUUGUAUGUAGUUAGAUAUUGAACAAAGAAAGGGAAGUUAAAUGUUGAUACAGUUUCCACGUCAUCAACUAGGCUGUAGUGCUUCAGGCAGACCAGAGGUCAAUGUGUGUGAGAGAGAAAGAUCACAUGACCAGGUAGUUUGACUGACAGGUGAUGAGGUGAUGACUCCUCCCCUUAUAAUCUAAGUGCCAUUGAUGCAUGCAUAAUCCAUGGUGUAACAGUGUGAGAGCCAACUUUAUUAGAGGAGUUAAACAUAUCUGAAAAAAAUCAAGGAAAGCUGAACUAAUGCCAUGUCUGAGGUCAAUCAUAGUGGUACCAAUAAUGUGACUACAGACAAUGAUAAUGAUUUGACCAGCAGUAAACGUCUCAGAGAGGAGGAGGAUGAAGUCUGUGCUGAUCUGGUGGUGAAAAGGGCUAAGGUGGACCAAGUCACAACACCUGGUGCCAAAUCCAAAACAGACCAAAGUUGCAUACACUAUAAUGGAUCUAGUCCAAACCAUGUUGAAAAACAAACUGUGUCCAAGUUGGAUAAUCCUAGCAAGGAAAACAGUACUAAUGAGAACUCAGUAGAAAAAAAUAGUUGUAAAAUUUCUAAGCUUGAUGGGUUGGAUUUAACAGACCAUGUUAAGAAGCCUGCAAAGGAAGAAAACAAAGUAACAACAGAAAUAGAACAACUAGAUGAGGACUCUGCAGAUCUGAGUGGAAAAGGUGAUGAAAACUCAGAUGAUAGUUUAGCUGAAGGGAAAAGAGAGGAUGCUGAUUUAGUUGAAGGAUCAGACGAAAGUGUGGCACAGGACCAAGAUGACAAUUAUUCACGACUGACAACAGAUGGCCCAGACACUAGCAAUUCUAAUAGCAAUACUGAUGGGUUGCAUGCUGCUGUAAGAAAAGAUGCUAGUCAAAAUGAGUCUCUCUCUCAGUCAGAAAAGCAUCAACGUCCCAACAGUAACUCAGUGGAUACAACAAAAAUGAAUGGUGAUGUAAAGGAAUGUGUUAACACAAGUGCUGAUCCGAAUGAAAAUGGACCAAUUGAUUUGAGCACAAAUAAGAAUGCCUCAAGGGAUUCAUCACCAGACAUAAUCAUGUUGUCUGAUGAUGACAGUGAGGAACUCCCUCCUCGCAAAGUGAAUGGUGAUGUCAGAGAUCUCACUCCGGAAGAAGUCAUGAAGAGAGAUAAGAUUAUUCACAGGCUGCAGGAGGAGCUGCGCAAUGAGGAAACAAAACUAGUUUUGCUAAAGAAAAUCCGCCAGAGCCAGACUAUAAAUCCAGUUACAGAUCCAUCUGGUGUGGUCCCAGGGAAAUCUAGGCACCCAAACACCAAUGCUCCACCCCCACUUAUCAGAGGUGGCCAGAACACCAACUCUCGACCCCAACAGUUGCCAGCCCACAUGGCUAGAGGUCAGCAUGCUUCUUCUGGUGCACAGGGCCCCCCACCCCUAGUCAUGGCCCCAGGGAUGAGAAAUGGUUCCUUACCUCAGGGGAUGAGGAAUCUCCCUGGCACCACUCCACCCAAUGUUAUCCCAGGGUAUCGGCCAAACCAACCUCCGUCACAGGUGUCCAGUCGCAGUGUUCAGGCCCAGCAGCAGGCACAGCAAGAGAACAUCACUCCAGAGCAACGGCAGGCAGCAGCCAAAUUAGCACUGCGUAAACAGUUGGAAAAAACAUUAUUGCAAAUUCCGCCUCCAAAACCCCCUCCCCCAGAAAUGAAUUUUAUACCAAGUCUUGCUACUGGAGAUUUCAUUUGGCUUGUGGGUUUAGAAGAGGUUGUUAAACAUAUUUUAGAUGCUGAUAAAGGAAAGUCGACUGAUGUUAAGUAUGUCUUCAAUCCAUUUACUUGUGUGCAGUGUAAAACUGACUUCACUCCUGUAUGGAAGCGUGACAAGCCAGGGUCAAAGAAUGUAAUAUGCGAACAGUGUGUUACCUCCAAUCAGAAGAAGGCACUGAAACAGGAACAUACAAAUAGACUAAAAAGUGCUUUUGUUAAGGCUCUUCAACAAGAACAGGAGAUAGAACAGCGUAUGCAGUCCUCGCAGCAGCACUCCAACAACUCCAGUUCCUCGCCAUCAACGACAACAUCAUCAGUUACUGCUGCUGCCACCAGUUACAAACCUAGUCCUGAUCCCCUUCGUCAGCAUCCCAACAUGAUCCAAGCACACCAGGCGGCAGCAGCAUCGCAGCUGCGCAGUUCUCAGCUUGGGUUCCAGUCCUACAACCCCAGGAUGCCCUUCAACCCUUACCAGUUACCUUUCAAUGCAAAACCCUCAGAUUUGCAGCGCCAGUAUCUACUGGACAUGAUCCCUCGUGGAGGGCUUCCACAGUCAACUGUACUAUGGAAGAGCUAAAUUAUUAGAAACAAAAAUAAAUGGAAUUUGUGGAUAUAGGAUCUUUCCAGGUUGAAGUGUAGAUAAUUAUGUACAUAUGAGAAAGACUUAUGUUGCAUGAGCCCAGUAGAACAUUUAUAUUAUACCCAAGUUUUCUGAUGCAUAGAGUUCGAAGAAACAGUUAGUGUUAUUUGUAAUCAAAAUUGUGGACUUGAGCUUUUGUUCCUUUUCAUUUUUUAGUACCAGGUCAAGGUCUAACCUUGUCACAUUACUAGAAUAUGUUCAUCUCUGUUUCUAUAUAACUGCUGAAUAUGAUAUGCCUGAUGAAAGAAAGCCAUUGUGGUCCUGUUUUAUUUAUUGUCUCUUAAUAUUAAGAAGAAAGACAAAACCUGAAUAGGUAGAGCAAUAUAUAAGGCAUAUUUUUUACUUCAAGUAAAUAGCUUACAUGAGCUAAUAAAAAUUUUCAGCUGCCAAAUUUUGACUUAACAUUUUUUUUUAUUCAUUUGGACAGGGUAUUGUUUCAUAUUGUUAUAUUAAGUCUUGAAACUUGAUGCUAACCAUGAAAGUCUUGGAAAAAUUUAUACUAAAAAGUGCUGCUAUUGUCUGUACAAUCUACAACGUUUUGUAUAAGAAGGUGAUUAUGUUAAGGCCGCAGGUGAAAUGGAUCUGUUAAAGUGAUCCUUCAGCUAAAGGUCAGCUUUACAUAUUACCCAUUUUGUCUGUUCUGAUAUGAAACCAUUUUGUAAUUUACUUGACCCAAAUUAUGUUUGCUAAGGUCACAGACAACUGUAGUUACAAACCUGGAUAUGCAGCUGGUUCACAUGGAAAAGGUUGCAUUAAUUAUCUUCAGUGAAGCAAACAUAAAAAACUUGCACAGUCUUGCCCAUCUUUGAGACACCACCUGUAGUCAGGAUUGUACAGAAAAAACUGCUUUGAACCAUGCACUAUUUAUUAUGAAGCCAGUGAAAAAGCAAAUUUGUGCUAAUCUUUUUGUCUCAACCUUUCUGUAAUUUAUUUGUAGUUCACAUAUUUUGUACCUCUUUACCAAAGUAUCUGAAUAAAAGUAGUGGAAAA